AUGGACAGCUUGCUUCUGGGCCAUGGGGGUCAGCUGCAGAAGCCACACCACCAUCGGUGGCUCUCAGAGAUGACCAAGAAGCUGGGGAAUAAAUUCUACAUGCGUCUGGCGCACAACCAUGUCCUCAUGAUCUCAGACCCUGAACUCGUGCCGAUUGUUUUUGAUCGCGCACUCUACCCUCCAAAUGCUAAUGUUCUGGACCGACCGGUGGACCAGAUUCUGCAUGACAUUGAUGUGGUGACGAGCAAUGCGGGGGAGCCAAACAUGCUGUCAGCCAAGACAGGCGACCCCUACUGGCGCCUUGUGCGCAAGGGCGUUGCGCCUGCCUUCAAUCCUCAGAACAUCAGGCAAGGUUUUGGGCAUGUAGUAGAGGCGGCUAAUCAGCUGAUACAGGUGCUGAAAGAGAGGGGCGCUGACAAGGCUGUCGAUAUUGACGAUGCAGCUCAGCGCGUGGCCCUGGAGGUGAUCGGGAAAGUAGGAUUCGGGAAGUCCUUCAACUCUCUCGCAUCCCUGGACGCGCCUGCUGAGCAAGAUGUGUUCAAAGCCUUGGCUGCAAGUCUGGAGGAGGUAUCAAAACGAAUGGCCAAUCCUCUGCGAGUAUAUAGGUUCUUUGACCCGAUCGCCGGCCUGUCAAAGCAGCCUUUCCUGCACGGGUGUGUGCUCAUAGUGGAGCCUUUCAUGUUGCAGGAGGUGAAGAAGAGCAAUGUCGCACUGAAAAAGUUUAAGAGAGUCACAAAGGAUCUCCUAGAAGAGGUGCAAGCUAGGGGCACUCCAGACAAGGAUGAUCCCACCAUUGCAGGCCACCUGCUGCGGCUGCGAGACUCCGAGGGGCGACCCCUCUCACAGGACCGUCUGCAUGCAGAAUUCAGCGUCAUGUUCAUCGGUGGAACCGACACUACGGGCCACACAAUCGCCAACACAUUGUUUCUCAUCUCUCAGCACCCGGAGGUGGAAGCAAAGAUCACCACUGAGCUGGAAGAUCUGGGCUUCCUGGUCGGCCCCUCGCGGCCGGUGCCCAGGCAGAUGGAGUACUCUGACCUCUCCAAGCUCACCUACCUCAGCGCAGCUAUCAAGGAGUCGAUGCGGCUGAUGGCGGUGGUGGGGGCUGGCGUGGCGCGCGUGGCGAAUGAGCAGAUGCAGAUGGGCCCCUACACCAUCCCCAAGAACACCCUCCUCUGGGUGCCCCUCCAGGCGCUCCAGACCAGCCCCGCCCUCUGGACCCAGCCCGACACAUACAUGCCGGAGCGGUGGCUUGAAGAGAGUGCAGAGUACUGGAGUCCUCAGCCGUCCACCACAGACUCUGAGGCCGGCUCGGCUGCCGCGCGCAAGUUUGAGGACGGAGCGCCGCCGCGCUUCAAGAAGUACAUGCCCUUUGGGGAGGGCAUGAGGGCCUGCGUGGGCCAGUCGCUGGCCAAGAUGAACUACACUGCUGCAACGGCGCUCCUCCUCUCGCACUUCUCCUUCCGCCUGGCAGACAGGAUGGGGGGACCGGAGGGGGUGAUUGCCUCAGAGAUGGCACGCAUCACAGUGGCCCAGCGCGAUGGCAUGUGGAUGCAUGCCCUGCCCAGGUCUGUCACUGCCUGA